AUGAGCGAAGGCAUUGCUGAAUUCAUUUCAAUCAGGACUGUCGUUGCCGGUGGUACAUUUCCCGGCCCUCUUAUUAGCGGUCAGAAGGGCGAGCGAUUCCAGAUCAAUGUGGAAGACAAACUGACCAACAACAGUAUGCUCACGAGCACCACAGUACAUUGGCACGGUCUGUACCUGCGCGGAUCGAACUGGGCUGACGGGACGGCGAUGGUGACACAGUGUCCUAUCAGCCCCGGUCGCUCAUUCCUGUACGACUUCAGUGUCCCCGACCAAGCCGGGACAUAUUGGUAUCACUCGCAUCUCGGGAACCAGUACUGCGACGGGCUGAGAGGACCCUUGGUCAUCUAUGAUCCCUUUGAUCCGUUCAAAUGGAUGUACGAUGUCGAUGAUGAGAGUACCAUUAUAACGCUUGCGGAUUGGUAUCACAUAGUCUCCACUGACCCUAAAGCAGGACCGUUCCCCAUGGCCAACUCGGUCGUGAUUAAUGGAAAAGGCCGUUACCCUGGGGUCACCAACUCCAGUCUAUCCGUGAUAUCUGUACAGCAUGGCAAACGUUACCGUAUGCGCUUGAUAUCAAUGUCAUGUGAUCCCAAUUUCACCUUCAGCAUCGAUGGGCAUAAUAUGACAAUCAUCGAAGUCGAUGGUGUAAAUCACCAGCCGCAUACUGUGGAUUCGAUUCAAAUUCUUGCUGGCCAGCGGUACUCUUUUAUCCUACAAGCGAACCAGAAAGUCCAGAAUUACUGGAUGCGUGCUCUCCCAAGUAGCGGCGACUCACUCAACCAUAAUUCCAACGGCGUCAAUGCUGCAAUUCUGCGUUACCUCGGUGCGAUGAACUCAGAACCGACUACUACCCAAACACCGAGUAUCAUUCCUUUGAAGGAGACGGACCUCCACCCUGGCGGGAAGUGCAAGGGCUGCGUCGACCUCGCUCUCAAUCUCGAAGUUGAUUUUGCGAACGGAGCGCAGUUUACUGUUAACAACACCGCUUAUGUUAACCCGCCCGUCCCGGUUCUCCUGCAGAUCCUCAGCGGGGCGCAGAAGGCGAGUGACCUAAUGCCACCCGGCAGCGUGAUAUCUCUCCCAGCGAACAAGGUCGUUGAGAUAUCGUUCCCGAUGGGCGCCGGGAUGAGUGCGGGGGCUCCGCAUCCAAUUCACUUGCACGGCCAUACCUUCUCCGUGGUUCGGAGUGCCGGUACCACCGCGUACAAUUAUGAUAAUCCAGUCCGUCGCGAUGUAGUUAGCGUCGGUGGAAAUGAUCCCGUCAAUACUGACAAUGUUACCAUCCGUUUUGAGACGGACAACGCGGGACCAUGGUUCCUCCACUGCCAUGUUGACUGGCACCUCUCAGCUGGAUUCGCAGUCGUAAUGGCUGAAGACGUCCCUGAUAUUCAGAACCAGGAAAAUGCAUGGGAUACAUUGUGUCUCGAAAGUAUCAAUAACGGGCCGAAAGACUUCUGA